AGGAGGGGGAGGGGGCUCCUUAUAGGUGGAGUCUCUUCCCCGCUUCCAGUCCCAGCAGGACCAGCCCUGCUCAUGGCUUGUUUCUCCUCCCCAGCCCUGCCUGCCCAGCUCCCUGUCCAGCUUCCCCAUGAGGCGUGAGCUCUGUGGACUCAGGAAUGGCCCCUGUGCUCCUGACAGCCAGGGUCUGCCAGGAGCCAGUGACCUUCCAGGAUGUGGCGGUGGCCUUCACACAGGAGCAGUGGGCUUACCUGGACCCUUCUCAGAAGGAGCUGUACCGGGACGUGAUGCUGGAGACCUACCAGAACUUGCUGUGCCUGGGACUGGCCACGUCUAAGCCCGAGGUGAUCCACCAGCUGGAGCGAGGGGAGGCUCCUUGGACACCAGAUAGAAGAGUCCCAGGGAGCAGCUGUCCAGAUUUGGAGACUAGGUCUGAAAGCAAGGAGUCAACUGCAAAGCCGGGCUUUUUGAUGGAGCAGUUAGGACCGGACAGACUUAUGGGGGAUGUUCUCUGUCUCUCCAAUUUAAAGGAAGACUGGGAAAGUGAUGCGGCAUUUGGGAGGCACCAGAAUUUUGAGGUGAAAAAUUCUCAGCAAGUAAACAUCACCCAAACAAAAAUUGUUAAUGAAGUAAGAGGCCAUGAAUGUAGUAAAUACAGUCAAAGUGCCAUGCGAAAACCGAAACUUUUUUCACAAUAUAAAAUACAUCUAGGAAAGAAACUCCAUAAAUUUGCUACACACAGAAAGAGCUUCCUUCCAACUUCAGGCUCAAAUAAAUGUAAUAGCAUCUGCUCAAAGAAGAAAUUUUCUCUGUAUAAUGAAUGUGGGAAAUCCUUCACUCCUCAAUCAGACUUUAUUGAAUACCUUAGAGUAUAUCCUGGAGAGAAAAUUAAUGAGUAUAAGGAACGUGGGAAAGACAUAAACCUCAGCCUAUUUAUUAAUUCCCAUCAGACAAUAGAUAUUGGAGGAAAAAACCCUAAAUGCAGCAACUUUGAGGGGGCUUCCCCAGAGAGUGUACGAUUUAUUCAACAGCAGAGAACCCAUACUGGAGAUAAACCUUAUGAGUAUGGUGAAUGUUGGAAGCCUGUCAAUCACAGCUCAUCCCUUACUUCCCAUGAGAAGAUUUCCACUGAGAAGAAACCUUAUGAAUGCAAUGGCUGUGGAAAGGUUUUCUUCGAGAGUAGAAAGCUAACUCAUCAGAGAAUUUGUAUUGGAGAGAUACCCUAUAAAUGUAAUGAAUGUGAAAAGGCCUUUCCCCAGAGCUCAGAAAUCACCCAUCUUCAGAGAAUUAAUAGUGGAGAGAAACCUUACAAAUGUAAUUAUUGUUGGAAGGUUUUUCACCAGAGACAGCAAGUUACUGAACAUGAGAGAACCCAUACUGGAGAGAAACCUUAUAAAUGUGAUGAGUGUGAGAAAACCUUCCAGCGGCGUGCACACUUUUCCCGUCAUCAAAGAAUUCAUACUGGUGAGAAACCUUUUGAAUGUAAUUGCUGUGGGAAGACCUUUUCAGCAAGACGAUCGCUUACUCAACAUCAGAGGAUUCAUACUGGAGAGAAACCGUAUAAAUGUGAUCAGUGUGAGAAGACCUUCCACCAGAGCGCACAUCUUUCUCAACACCAGAGAAUUCAUACUGGAGAGAAGCCUUACAAAUGUAAUCAUUGUUGGAAGGCCUUUCGCCAGAGAGGGCAACUUACUGAACAUGAGAGAACCCAUACUGGAGAGAAACCUUAUAAAUGCGAUCAGUGUGAGAAAACCUUCUACCGGAGCACACACCUUUCCCAGCAUCAAAGAAUUCAUACUGGCGAGAAACCUUUUGAAUGUAAUCACUGUGGAAAGACCUUUUCAGCAAGGCAAUCACUUACUCAGCAUCAGAGGAUUCAUACUGGAGAGAAACCUUAUAAAUGUGAUCAGUGUGAGAAGACCUUCCACCAGAGCACACAUCUUUCCCAACAUCAGAGAAUUCAUACUGGAGAGAAACCUUACAAAUGUAAUCAUUGUUGGAAGGCCUAUCGCCAGAGAGGGCAACUUACUGAACAUGAGAGAACCCAUACUGGAGAGAAGCCUUAUAAAUGUGAUGACUGUGAGAAGACCUUCCACCGGAGCACACACCUUUCCCAGCACCAAAGAACACAUACUGGUGAGAAACCUUUUGAAUGUAAUCGUUGUGGGAAGACCUUUUCCACCAGGCAAUCACUUACUCAGCAUCAGAGGAUUCAUACUGGAGAGAAACCUUAUGAAUGUAAUGAAUGCAGAAAGGCCUUCCAUAUGAAGAAAGAGCUUACCCAACAUCAGAGAAUUCAUACUAGAGAGAAACCUUAUGAAUGUUAUCACUGUAGGAAGGCGUUCUGCUUGAGUACACAGCUUACCCAGCAUCAAAGAAUCCAUAUUAGAGAUAAACCUUUUUUAUUGCAAUCACUAUGGAAAGACCUUCCAACUAAGCAUACGCUUCAUCUGACAUCAGAGAACUCAUACUGGAGAGAAACCUUUUGAAUGUAAUUGCUGUGGGAUUACAUUACAAAUGUAAUCGUUGUUGGAACGUCUUUUGCCAUAGAAAGCAAAUUACUGAACAUGAGAGAACCUAUACUGGAGAAAAGCCUUAUAAAUGUGAAAAGUGUGAGAAGACCUUCCACCAGCACACACACCUUUCUCAGCAUCAAAGAAUUCAUACUGGUGAAAAGCCUUUUGAAUGUAAUCAAUGUAGAAAAGCCUUGUUUUGGAGAACACAUCUUACCUGACACAAGAGAAUUCAUACUGGAGAGAAAAUUUAUAAAUGUGAUCAGUAUGGAAAGAUUUUUGGCCAGAAAGGCAACCUUACUCAACAUGAAAGAAUUCAUAUUGGAGAGAAACCUUACAAGUGUAAUUAAUAUGGGAAGUCCUUCCUCAUCAAUAGAAUCCUUAUCCAACAUCAGAGAACUCAUACUGGAGAAAAUAAAUAUCUGUAUUGGCAAUCAAAAUGGGCUCUUAGUACUUAAUUCAACCAAGUACCCUUGAAGAGUUUGACCUUUAUUUCUUUGAUUAAAUUAGGAGUCUUUGAUGACCUCCUUGCCUCAAGGGAAAACCUAGUUCACAUGGGUUUGAGUGACAUGUUUAUGACAUCAGAGGCUUUUAGACCACAUGGGUUUAAGUUGCAUUUUUGUGAUGAUUUUAAGUCACGUGGGUGAGUCGCAUGUGUGACUCACCCUUGACCCUGAAAAAGAUGUAAAACCAGAGGUUGGCUUUCUUUCUUUUCAGAGCUCUGACCCACAGCAGGAGUAUUGUGUGACUCUGGGCCAGCCCUGGUUGAGCUCCCGGCUGAACUCACAUGUUGGUAACUAUGAAUUGUAUUUGUUCUGUCUGUUGAUGUUUGUAAUUUGUAUUUACUCUGAAGUUCAGGGUGCUGGCUUUUUCCCCUGAACUAAGUGAAUGAUAUUUGUAUGCUGGAUUAAAGUAAGAUUGUUAACCCCUU